AUGUAUCCAUACUGUUUUGAAUUUCAAACCCAGCGCGACAUAAAGAAUGCUCCCCUCAUGGGGAAACCAUGGAAAUGUGAGGACUGUGGGAACGGGUUCCCUUCCCCAUUGGGGCGAGACACCCACAGACGCGUUCUCACUGGGGAGACGCCGUUCUCCUGCUCAGUAUGCGGGAAGGGAUUCAGUUGGCUGUGCAGCCUGCAGACACACCAGCGAGUUCACACCAGGGAGAGGCCGUUCUCCUGCUCUCUGUGUGGGCAGCGAUUCAUCGAUGCAUCCCAAUUCCCGAAACACCAGCGGGUUCACCUGGGGAAGAGGCCGUUCACCUGCUCUGAGUGCAGGAAGGGAUUUGUCGAUACUUACACCCUGCUGACCCACCAGCAGAUCCACAUCGCAGAGGCGCCGUUCACCUGCCCUAAGUGCAAGAAGAGCUUCAGUCAU